AGCAUUCGCUACUCCCACCGACCAGCCAUGAUUAAGUUCGCCGUUCUGUCCGUGUUGGUGGCCGCUGCUGCUGCCAGCGGAGGAGGUGCCCAGAGCAGUGUCCACGUGUCAACCUUUUCUCCGUACUCCAGCAAUUCAUAUGGCUCCCACGUAAACCACGGACACUAUGUUCCCGGCGGCUACGGCGGCCACGGCCGGUACGUCGGCGGCUACGGCCAGAUCUACGCCCAGGGACAGGGCAUCGGGCUCAGCCAGGGCGGUGGAUACGGCGGUGGAUACGGCGGAUACGGGCAACAAGGAUACGGACACGGCGGACUCAGCGGAUACCAGUACGGAUACAGCGCCGACGUCGGAAACGGAUACGGACAGGGCGCCAUCGGAGGUGGUGGAAUCUACGGUGGAUACGGCGGAAUCCGCGGUGGAUAUAGCGGAAUCGGUGGAAUCCGCGGUGGAUACGGCGGAAUCGGUGGAAUCCGCGGUGGAUACGGUGGAAUCCGCGGUGGAUAUGGCGGAAUCGGUGGAAUCCGCGGUGGAUACGGCGGAAUCGGUGGAAUCCGCGGUGGAUAUGGUGGAAUCGGUGGAAUCAGCCGCUUGGGGCAGAUUGGCGGUGGAAUCGGUGGAAUUUACGGCGGUUAUGGACAUUUCUAAAAGCUCUCGAUCGCCUCUUUGGAUGAUGUGCCGAUAAGACGUCAGAUUUGAUUUUCGCUGUUCUUUCAGUCAUCCCAUGAAAGGUCUUUUUGUUCCUAAACGUGACUGUAACAAUACUGUCUUUCAGGGGUAUGACAAUACAAUUCCUAAGCUGAAUCAGAA